UUUAUGACCCGAGAUCAGAAACAGUGUACAAACAUGUGUGGGCUAGGUACAUUUUUCGUAAAUACAAGCCAAAACUUAACAUACACAUGGGACACGUCCCUUAACAUUGACGAUCGUUCUAUUGUAUGACCCGAGGUCAGAAAAAGUGUACAAACAUGUGUCGGGUAGGUAACAUACGUAAAUGGAAUUUAUUCCACGCAUCACCAAACACCUCGACGAUCACAUGAGAAUCUGUUGCUGAUCAAGUUAUACCUCCAUUUAUAAGAGGUUGGAAGUGGAUUCCGCCAUCAGAGGGCAAGGAAACAUGGCUAAAAUCCAUACAUUGUCUGUACUAUGUGGUACAGUAUUGUUACUGCUGUUUACCGCCGGGGAAGCCAAACAACCUCAUAUAGUGUUCAUGGUAGCAGACGAUUACGGAUGGAACGAUGUGGGAUUCCACAACCCCGACAUGAUCACUCCUAAUAUUGACAAGCUGGCGUACGAGGGAGUCAUACUCAACCAAUCUUACGUACAGCCAGUCUGCACACCGUCUCGGAACUCUUUCAUGACGGGAGUGUAUCCAUUCAAAGCUGGACUACAGCACGGAGUCAUAUUACCACAACAAGCUGUAUGUUCACCUCUGAAUCUCACUUUUCUUCCACAAUACUUGAAAAAAGAGGGAUAUGCGACUCAUGCAAUAGGAAAGUGGCAUCUUGGUUUCUGUAAAUUGGAGUGUACUCCGACUUACCGAGGAUUCGAUACGUUCUAUGGGUAUUAUCAGGGUCAGGAAGAUUAUUACAACCGGACUGCAGCCGGCGGAAAGGAUUUCAGAGAUAACAAAGACCCCAUUUUGCCUGACACUUCAAAGUACUCAACAUAUAUCUUUGCCGAACGAGCGAGGAAAGUAAUAUCUCAACACGACAAGAACAAGCCAUUCUACCUCUACUUCCCGUUCCAGUCAGUCCAUGCACCGAUAGAGGUUCCAAAAGGUUACGAGGAUAUGUAUAGCAACAUAAAGAAUGAAGGAAGGAGAAAAUAUUGUGGAAUGGUAACGGCUAUGGACGACCUGGUAGGAAAUAUUACCGCCGCCCUGAAGGAGAACGGAAUGUAUGAUGACACGCUCUUCGUCUUCACUGCCGACAAUGGAGGAUGGACCCAAUUCCACGGCAACAACUACCCACUUCGAGGAGGCAAAAUCACAAUAUACGAAGGGGGUACCCGGGCGACGGCAUUCAUCAAUGGAAAAAUGCUGAAUAAAACAGGAUAUACAUAUAAUGGAAUGAUGCAUGCUGUAGACUGGAUGCCGACAAUUAUCUCAGCCGCCGGUGGAACACCACCUGAAGAAAUUGAUGGCAUUGACCAAUGGGAGAGCUUGAGGACUGGUGAACCAUCCAAAAGAACCGAGUUCAUAUACAAUCUUGAUGAUAUCAAUCCUCCUACACAAGGACAUGCUGCCAUCAGAGUUGGGGACUAUAAGCUUAUUGAAGGUUUCCCCGGUGUCUAUCCUGGUUGGUACAAACCGGAAACCGAAACAGAAAGCACUAAUAGCGAAGAGGAGGAGUUAAAAGACCAAGAAAGAAACGUUAGGUUGCUUGGUAGAGAGCUGUAUAAUUUAAAGGAUGAUCCGUACGAGCGACACGACCUAUCCGUAUCACACGUCAAGAUUGUAGAGGAACUCAGUAGGAAAAUGGCAGAAUAUCAUAAACAGAUGGUUCCCGCAAAUUACCCGCAGAAUUCUGACACAUCCAAUCCUAAGAAUUUUGGCGGAUAUUGGUCCCCUGGCUGGUGCUGAAACAUGAUUAAGUUCAAUUUGACACGAUAUCCAUCUGAAAGAUGGCCAUGUUUGUUUUGACACAAUAUACGCCUGAAAGAUGGCCAUGUUUUAUUUACAUAAUGUCCGUCUGAAAAAUAGCCAUGUGUAAUUGGACACGAUGUCCCUCUAGAUGAGUUUUUUUUUUCAUAUUCACGUUAAUUCCUUCAGUAAUCUGUAUCUUCACAUAACAUUCAGGAUAUUUAUACUUUCAAACAAGGGCUCGCGUCAUGACAAAACAGUUAUAAGUUAAAGGCAAUGGAAAAUCUCAAUCCUGGGUUUUCACCUUGACAGAAAGAGCUACUUAUCUCAAAUAAGGGUUUACACCAUUACAGAAAGAGUUACUCAUCUCGAAUUAAGGUUUUCAACAUGACAGAAAAAGUUACUUAUCUCAAGAAUGGUUUUCACUAUAACAGAAAGAAUUACGGGUCUCAAAAGGGGUUUUCAUUACAGGGUAUCGUUUCACAAAGCUUCGUAACUUACGAACGUUCGUAAAUAUUUACGAAAAAGUUACGCAAACCUUACGAAUUUCGUAAGUGCGUUUCACAAAGGUGUUCGUAUCUUUUUUCGUAUCUUACGUCAAAAUCGUACGUUCUCCCGGUAAAAAUAUACCACUCUCUAACUUGGAGGUAAAAAAGGACGACACUUUUGGGGUGAAAAUUGUACGCCGGUCCAAUUCCCGGGUCACGUACACAGACUAUGAACUUUAAUUUGUUCUUUCAAAACAACCUUAUUAUGGAGGGAAGAUCAUUUUUUCUAUAAAAUUCCAAUUCUUAUUGUUUAUCAUGCGUUAAAACAAACAGUAACAACGCAAUUUUCACUGAUUUUGCUCAAUGCCCAAAGACUUACAUUAUGUUCUUAAAAUAGACAAUAUGUUGGCACAGCCUGCGAAUAUGCGUACAAUUAGUUUCAUGACAAUGUGUAUUUUGCCAGCAUCCCUCCUCGACUUUCAAAACCCGGUUUCCACCUCGAAACAAUCGCUCACAAGGCAUAGUCGUUCUCUUAUGCUAAUUUGUAAAUGAGUACGACGUCAUUGUCUGUUCAAAAGGGCAUGCCUGCGCACGAUUUUAAAUUGUUUUCGUAAGUUACGACAGGGUUGAUAUGGCGUAAAGUUACGCAAGGUUUUUGCGUAACUUACGAACGUUCGUAAGUUACGAAGUUUUUGUGAAACGCUUAGUAAUUCGUAAAUAUGACUUACGCAAAUUUCGUAAGUUACGAAGCUUUGUGAAACGACACCCAGAAAUUUUUGCCAUAACUGAAAUUGGAACGCGUUUCAAAACGUUAUUUUCACCAUGACAGAAAUAGUAACGCGUCUCUAAAAGGCGUUUCAUUAAGAGAAAUAUUUCUAUUCAAAAAUCAAUAAAGACAGAAACGAGUUAUACAUUAUUGGUUAAAAAAAUAACUGUUUUCGCCUCCCAUUAUGUUUAUCUGUGAGAAAUUAUGAAGAUUUUUCUUUCUUUUUUAUAUUGUUAUGUGUGAAUAAAAGUUGUAUAUCAAAGUA